AUGGCCUUCAACUUCAACUGGUCGCCGCUCACGGCCGACGCCGAUUUCUACCAGCGCGCCAGAGAAAUGCUCACCACCGCCCUGAAUAAAUCCCCGAAGCCUCCGAUUAUCGUCGAUGACAUCCUCGUUACCGAGUUCAACUUGGGCUCCGUGCCCCCGGAAUUGGAAAUACUAGAGAUCGGCGAUAUUGCAGAGGAUAGAUUUCGUGGCAUAUUCAAGAUGUGCUACUCGGGCGACGCCUUCUUGACUCUGAAAACGAGGGUUCAGGCAAAUCCAAUGAACACUUACCUGUCCGCCAAGCCGGGGUUCACAUCGCCACAGCCCCUGGCCGCCGCAUCGGGUCUCACUAUUCCGUUGUCAAUAACGCUCUCCGAGAUCAAGCUUUCGGCCUUCAUUAUCUUGGUCUUUUCAAGGCAAAAGGGAUUGACCCUGGUCUUCCGCAAUGACCCGCUCGAGUCGCUCAAAGUCUCCUCGACCUUUGAUUCGAUCCAGUUUGUGCGCGAUUAUUUACAGCGCACCAUCGAGGCCAAACUAAGGAAUUUGAUGAUGGAUGAGCUUCCCGCCAUAAUCCACAGGCUGUCACUACGCUUGUGGUGCCCCGAUGCGCUGCCAAAGGAAGAGGAGGCACCCAGGGAGGACGCUGAGGAAGCCGAGGUUGACCCACUGGCGAGCCCUCCUCUGGAUCCCGUCGAUGCGAAUGGUAACCUUCUCGACGCCAAUGAGGUUUCCUCACUAUCUCUCGAGGGUGGCCCGGAGGUCCAGUCGCUCUUCUCGCAGAAGAACCUCUUGAGGCUAGCUGCGCUGAAUGAUUCCCAUCGCACCUUUUCUCUCUUCACGCCGGGCAUUCGCGAUGUUGUGUUCCGUGCCUGGACUGGACCUGCAGUGUCCGAACCAACCAGCACGCCACCGACAGCAACGCCUAGCUUGUCCAAGACCAACUCCUUCCAUGGAACCUCUACCACGUACACUUUCUCUGAUACUGGUAGCGCCGCUCACGGCCAUCUCCCGUCCAGACCUUCAAUGGUGAGCCUCAACUCGGCCACCACUGGUCUAUCCCUGGGCGCCGGUAUCAGGUCAAAGUCGUACGCUGGUCGCAAGAAGAAGACAAGAGUUGUCAAUCUCCGGCGUGCAAAGAGCCAGGCCGGCGAAACUCCCGAGGGCAGUGAGACUUUCUCAGAAAUUGCGUCCGACUCUGCUUCCGUGGCUGGUCCCUCAACUGAGCCUCUCAUGACCAGCUCCAUUGCCGAAGACCUCGAGGACGAGGAAGCCCUGGCAAAUCUGGCAGAAUCGACCCCUAGCAAGGUUCGUUUCAGCCCUCUGGACAGGACACGGCUGCCCACUCGACCUCCGUUGCAGCCGGACUUCUAUACAGCGCCCGAGGAUGGCCCUAGUGUGCCUAUCAAGCUCGACGGCACUUGCGAAUCUGAAGCCGAAAAUACACCCCGAGCUCAAACGGAGAAGGCCACCGCGGAGAAGCCGCGCCAAGGUGUGCCGUCUGAGCCGUCAUCUAUAUAUGAGCAGGCUUGGAUCAUGAAGAUGGCUGGCGAAAUCGCUCGUCGCGUCUAUGACGAGAAGAGCCGCCAUCCAAACCUCUGGGACGAGCGGGAAGAUAUCCCGCCACCAGCCUACGAGGCAUCAACCUAA